CUCACUCGACUCGACUUCUCACAAAUGCGAUUGUGGUUCUUCCGAAGAAUUUAUUUCUCUCGUGUUUGAUUUCCGCCAAGAAGUUCGAAAAAGGUCAAAUCUGCAAUUGGCGAUUUUCCAAAGACAAAUCGAGGUAACAGUGAUCGUAUACAUUUACCAGGGAAAUGAGUGAUUGGAGAAAAAAAAAAUCAGAUUCCGCAUAAAUGUUUGAAUAUUUCUCAAGCUAAUCGGAUAUUAGAUGUGCACGUGAAUAAACCCAAUUGAUCAAAUUUUGGACUUGCUCGUUUGCGAAGCUUGAAGAUGUUCAAUUCUAGGUUUUAUUUCAUCAAGUCUAUGUUUGUCCAAUUUCUUCGCGUGGUUUUUUGGUUUCAUUUGUUAUUUCAUCAAGUCUAGGUCUUGUCCAACUUCUUUUGUCCAUAUGUUUCAGAGUGUUUUCUGUAAAACUCAGAAAUCCAAGUUCCUGUCCACGGUAACAGCAUUUGUAAAGAUAUGGAUUCAGGCGAACUCUGUUAGUCUUACUUUGUUUAUUUCUUCGUUUAUUUUGUAAGGUUAUAUGGGCAUCAGUGAGUUGUCUGACGAAUUGCUGAUAAAAAUAUUAUCGUUUCUUCCUACCAAAGAUGCUGUGUCCACUAGCAUCUUGUCCAAACAAUGGGAGUUUCUUUGGAUGUGGCUGCCUAAACUUGAGUACACUAGUAGAUACUAUCUAGAGUCUACAUGCGAGAGGUUAAAGUGUUUUCUUGACAGAAAUCUGCCAUUACAUAGAGCUCCGGUUAUUGAAAGCUUCCACCUCGAGUUUGGUGCAAAACAAUUUAAGCCUGAAGAUAUCAAACUGUGGGUUCUAACUGCAGUUUCUCGCAACGUACGAGAGCUGGAGAUUUCUCAAAUUUAUUCUUUGAGCUUGCCGAACAACAUAUUCCCGAGUAGCUUGUAUACCUGCAAAACGCUCGUGACCUUGAAACUCAACGGAGACAUUCUCAUGGAUGUUCCUCGUAUGGUUUGUCUACCUUGUCUCAUAACUUUGCGACUUGUACGGGUGACAUACCUCAAUGAAGAUUCUCUUCAACGGCUUCUAUCUAAUUGCUCUGUUCUUAAAGAUCUAUCUGUUGAAAGAGGUUUAUUUGAUAAUUGGAGAAAGUUCAUUGCUAUCGUCCCGUCAUUGAAACGUUUAAAUUUUCGUACAGCUCAUGAUUUAGAUGAGAUUGUGAUAAAGACUCCUUCUUUGAAGUACUUGGAUUUUACAUAUUAUAGUUCUAUGAUUCACCACUGUUUGAUUGAGAUUUAGAAUAUGCCUAAGCUGAGUGAGGCAUCUCUAGAUGUUAGCUAUCCUUAUAUCGAGAAGCUUAUCGGAUCAAUCACAUCUGUCAAGCGUCUCACAUUAUGGCAAGUAGACUAUAGUUCAGAGUAUUGUUUGCAGGGUGUGUAUGGUGAUAGUUUUGUCUUCAACCAGCUUGUACAUCUGAAGCUACAUAUACGCAAAAGAUAUUCGGCGAAUUUGCUUGUCUGGAUGCUCAAAGAGUUGCCCAAGUUACGUGUGCUAGAUCUACAACUCUAUGGAAAGGAUGUUUAUGGAACUAAUGGUGUAGUUUUCUGGAAUCAACCAAGUACUGUUCCUGAAUGCAUGUUGUCGAGUCUACAAACUUUCAAGUUUUCAGGAUACUUAGUAGGAAGACCGGAAGAGAGGGAUCUUAUGAUUUAUGUCUUAAAAAACGCGCAUCGCUUAGAGAACGCAAGAAUCUAUUCUGAAGAUCAUGAGUUUGAAACCCUUGACAUGAUACGGAAGCUGGUACUUGCUUCCCUAGCUUCACCCGAAUGCCACAUUGUAUUUAAUUGGUGAUCUCUAGCUAUUUUAUUGUUGUGGUUAGUUUUAUCAUAUGGAGCUGUUUAAGACUACAUAUGUUUAUGAUCAUAGUCUAGUCUAAACCUAAUCACGAACCCCUAAAUCUGAUUUUUGGAUUGGCUUU